AAUUGUGUUUACUGCAGGGUUAACUCCUGAUUUUUUUUUCUGCUGCACUUGCUUUGCAAUGUGUGAAAACGUCAAAAAGGUAAGCAGCUGGCUCGGGGCAGUGUUUGGAGAAGGCUCCGUGCCACAGUUUGAAAUGAACGCACGGACAGUGGAGAUCUUGAACCAGCUGAUGCAGAGCAGUGAAGCCAGCUGCAGGGACACCGCUCUCCUCAUCGAGGACUACAAACAGAAAGCAGCAGAGUAUCACGCUGAGGGUGAUCAUCUCCAGGAUAUUCUUCAGCAAAGCCUGAACCUGUCCCCUGCCAGCCUCUCUGUAUCUGCUGCUCGGUACUUGUCGAUUUUAGUGGAAAGUGCUGUAGUGCUUGGAGUGAGAGACACAUCACUGAGCAGCUACUUCCCUGCAAUCAACAGCCUCACCAAUGAACUUCUGGAAGCGGAGAAGUCAAACAGGAAACUCAAGAGAGAACUCAAGGCUGUAAGAAACAAAGUUGGGGAUACUUUGUCACGGGCAGACAAAAUAAAAGUGGAUCUGAAGAAGACAAUCAAACUUCAGGCAGAGGAGAAGGUGAAAGUAGAUCAGAGGCAGCUCAACAUGGAUUUUAUGAAAGCAAAGAAUGAUGAGCUGAGUAUCAGACAAAAGAAGUCCGAGGCUCAGCUUGCAGCCCUGAACAUGGAUGACUCUCUUUCCCAUGAAGCCAUAGAGAGUCUCUCUGAGGAAGUGGCGGCCCUGCAUAAUAAAAUAAACCCUUUGAGAGAGAAACUGGCGUCGUACAUGGACCUCAGCCCGAACCCAUGUCUCGCUAAAGUGAAACUAGAAGAGGCAAAAAGACAACUGGUGAGUCUCCAGACAGUUACACCAACAACGAACCACGCAAGAUAUUUUAGUGGCUGA